AUGAACGGAGCGACAGCCGCAGAGUCAGCCGCGGGGAUUAGAGGCACAUCACCUCCCUGGGCUGAGGCUCCUACUCAGGAUCAUGGUUCGCAUGCUGCUUCGAACUUCACGACCGACGCACGGCCAUAUGUGUAUCCUGUACUGCUUGAUACAGUACACGAAGAGAUGUCUGUAUCCCCGCUGACAUCGUCAAGCCCCGUCAUGCACGAAUUUCAACCCGCACUUCCGCAUACGGGACUGGCAGACACACCGGCAACAACUAUGCCUCCUUCGAGAACAGUCAACACAGAGACCUCUUCGCCCCAGUGCCCAGUACAGGAAAUGUCACCGGCCACGCCAUCAUUGAGUCGAACAACUACAUUCGCACAACCUUUACGCCAUGACACGUUACAAGGAAUCUCUCCCACCACGUCGGCAUUGAGUCGAGCAACAACAUUUGUGCACCCUCUACGGCAGUACACAUCCAUGCGAGAUGCGACUGCCUCUACCAAAGCCAAGAAGGCCUUACACAACACUGCCAGUGAAGAAACGAUCCAGGUCGAGGCAGACGGCGACUAUUUACAAAAGCCACGAGUAUCCCGAGAGAGAACAUGGCUGCGCAAUUGGUGGCAGGAAAUUGCCAGCUCUAUAAUAUCCAUGAUUUGCCUUGGCGCCAUUAUAAUUGUGCUCAAGAGAUUCGAGAACCUUUCAGCUACAAAAUGGGCUUUGCCAAUCACAAUCAACUCAAUGCCAUCGGACAAAUAA